UCAAAGAGAGAGAGAGAGAAGAAGGAGGAGGAGGAGGACGGGAAACAAGGGGUAGGGAGGGAAACAGGAACAGAAAGUGAAGUCUUGUCAAGAUGUCUGGGUGAGGGGGACCAGAACAGAGCGAAGAAGCCAGAUGCCAAAACAGAAACAACAGAUGUUUGAGCAGCUGACUGGAUUAGACAUGAGGGAAGACCUGACCUGCCACUUCACAAGUGCCUUCAGGACACACCCAAAUUGAACCACCUCUUUGCAGUUGGAUUAAACUACACCCAGAGCCAAAGUGCGGGAGGACAAGAGACGACUGGAGAGGACAAAGAGCCAGAAAACAAUAAGUGGAAUGUCAAGUGGCGUAAACAAACUUGGCUCAAGUGCAGAUUUCGGCUUUUCCCUCGAGAUCGGAAUCAUCACAAGUGAGAGAUUUCAAAGAAAACCUUGUUAUAAACAAGAGAGCUUUUGGUCUUCUGGAUUUGUUUACAAAAAAAUGCUCUGGCCUCCCUUAAAGGACACUUCAGGGGAAGGAGGCAUCCACGAAUUCAGCUUCGAGUGUGUCUCCAUUUGAUAUAAACAACACAAGCCUGAGCACAUACACAAGCCUCAUCAGAUAGUGCUGCAUCUCAGGGCAACUAUCUAAAUGCAGAUCUCCAUGAGCAGAGGGCAAGCACAUGAAAGUUCACUGUGGAAUCACAAGAGAUAUCUGACCUGACAACUUGUUGGAUUGGUGGAUGUUUUAUUUGACUUCACAUCUUACAACUGUGGUCAGACUACGUAAAAACUUUUAAGUCAAAUCAACACCACAUAUUAAUUAUUUUCAGUCUGCUAUGCACGUUUAGUGUCUUAUAAACUCCACAACUCUCUAAAGGAUUUGUUAAAACUUUACAACUGCCACACAGACUCAAUUAAAAAGGAGUCACAGCUCCAUAUCGUAAAGCCAUGGAUGGGACAACAGACAGCAUUCGGGAUUUUUUCAACCAGAUUUGGAGCUUUGCUACAGACAAACACAACCAGGGGGUCUACAACACAGUCUGCCUGGUGGUCCUCCUAACUCUUCCCCUGCUAGUCCUCCUCACCACUUUGGUGGUGUGCUGUCACUGCUGCUGCUGUCGCCAUGCCAACGGCUGCUGUUGCUGCUGCUGCUGUGGAGACGCCAUGGCAACCGCAAGGUCGGAGACGAAGAAGAAAAAGAAUUCGGCCAACACUGAGGACCUGUGGAUCUCUGUAAAGACGGGGCCGAUGACACCUGACAGGGUUGCCCUGGCUAUGGUGUAAGGAAUGCAUUUUUAUUUUUGAGACUGCUGAUCCUGGGCCAGUCGGUGCAGCGGAGCAUCACAGAAGUGCAAAAGUCAGAGCAUCUUAGACUCGAAGGAGGCUGAGGACUUUGUUUAAAUUGAUGGGAAGGACUUCACAUUGUAAUGGGCACAGAUUUGUUUGAAAUAUGUCAAAUGUACAGAUUAUUGUCAGUUUGUAUUCACAUGAUGUCAUUAUGUGGAGAUUUUAUGACAUUGUUUACAGCCUUUGGUCUCAGCUUUGGUGUGUUGUACAUAAAGUAAGAAAUAUGCAGACAGGAGCAUAUAUAUACCUGCAAAUGAGUGUGUGAGUGGGUUAGAGAGAGAGGGUGUGUGUGUGUGUAUGUGUGUGUGAAACAGAGAGAACCACAGUGUUAUUGAGAGCACUUUGUUCUUAGCGCUCCCAUGUGAAAUUCAUUGCAUCUGUAUUUGGGAGAGGGAGCCAAUUUAAGGUCUGCCCAGUGUUCAGAUGGCUGUAAUACUGCCUACUUUUCACAUUCAGGCUGCAGUGUAGAACAGUGAUUCACUCUCACUUUCCAAGGGAAAAUGCACUGACAACCAAAAGGUUAAACUCACAGAAUGCAAGCUAUAACUUCUUUCGUUUAUUUGCUUAAUUUGACCCAAUUUAGCGCACAGGAGAGGAACUUCUACUUUUUGGUUUUUGAGAGUGUUCCAGUAUUCAGGUCAAGUCAGCCUUAAAGGCACAAUUCAUUUACAAAAGGUAAGGGAAACCACCUAAAAGAAUAAAAGGAAAAUCAGAAUCUGUGGUCCUUCCCAAAUUGGCUGAUUGGUAUUUCACUGCUAUAACACUAGAAAACAGCUACAUCAAAGUCAUUAAUGUUUUCUGGGCCUGUAUUUAUGGAAAUUACGGAUAUAAGUGAGCUAUAAAAGUAACUUAAAAACUCUCUUUGAACAUUAAUAGGAUGCUGCAUCUCUUUUUCAACAACACAAAUUACUCUGGCAUUGAUGUUUAUAGUCAAUGUUCAUGCAUCUUCACUAUGUGCACUUGUCAAAGUGCUACUAAUUUCUCUGAUGUAUACUAGGAGCAGAAUUUCUGUCCUGCUCUAGUUUGUUUUUCUUCUGGUUUCCAUUGGCGCAAAUAAAAUUUAAUUUUUUAAAAUAAAAUUAUGGAUGUCUUUUUAGAAAACAUAAUAAAGAAUGAACAAUGCCACAAAUUAUUGUGUUGUUCUAUUUGUCGCAUAGUUCAUUGUUAUUAAUCAUUUGACCAGCUGAGAGCUGCUCUUAAGGGUUAGUUUUACACUUCACUAUAAGUGGAAGAAAGCUGCUUGAUAAAAGCGUCUAAGUUUUUAAUUUGUCUAUUUAGAGCACUGUUAAGUGUAUUUUUUUAAGUUUGAUAAAUACAGGCUCAGGUUUGUUCACAUCAGUAAUGUUUGUAAACACAGUGGCAUUAUAAUUACAUUCAGCUAAGAAACAAACACAAUGAUAAUUUAUUAGAACUGUAAGUCAAACUCUUCAAUUAUGCAAUGUGAAUAUAACUAAAAGUUAAGUGGUAAAAAAAAAAUCAAGAUAUUCAAAGAGCAUUCAAAGUGAAUUUUUGAACUUAUUUAACUUAACAUAUUCUUGAAAUAUUCAAGAGGAAAAGAAACCUUGAAAUAAUCAAAUGAUUUGGGUGCUGAGUGGAUUGUGCCUGAAGGCUCAUUUUAUUUUUUAAGUCUAUGACAUCUCAAAGCCCAAUUAAGCAGAAGCAUCUCAGCAGUAUGAUCAUCUUUAUGCAUUAGUUUACAAUGGCACUAAGUUGAUGUUCUUGCUCAAGUGCUGCUGGGAAAACAGGCCCCACUCAUUUCAUUACUGCUCAGACAGAUACAUUCCCAUGUGGAGAGUGGGGUUUGUCUUUUCCACUCCAUGUUCACUGAGAGAAACUGUACAUGUUUGGCUUAACUUGACACUUGUGCUGUGAAAAAAGCAAGAAAAAAAAAGUCUUAGUAGCAAUGCAUGAUGACUAAUCACCGCUACCGCCAAAACUGAAAGGUUUCCCAAGAAAUAACAUUAUCAGCAUCUUCGGGGGUUGGCUGAACAUGUCAUUGUGGUUUGUAUUUGUCACAGAGGAAUUUACAGUCAGUUUCUUAUCAUUAGUAGCUGCUGACUGCAUCCACACCAUAAAACAGAGCAAAUGAGCAGAUAAAAGAAAGAUUAAAGGAAUAGUCUGACAUUAUGGGAAAUACUUCAAACUAGAUGUGAAGAAUGAUCAUAUCUGUAAGAUGAAUAUCUAGCUGGGGCCUGCAGCUUGUUAGCUUAGCACAAAGACUGGAAACAAGGGGAUACAGCUAGUCUGCUUCUGUCUGAUAGUAAACAAAACAACCAGUAAUUACUGAAAUUCUGUUUUGUUUGUUUCAUCUGCAAAAACCUGUUUUAUAGGCUAUGUGUUGUAACAGUUGCCAGACUCCAGGAAGUAGUCUUACACAUUACCUCGUGUAACACAACAAAUUGAGAUUUUAAUUCUUUUUAGUACAUUUUAGUGCAGAUCAAACUAAUAAGAUAUGACAUGAUAAUCUGUGAGUUUUAAAGGUGCUGGUAGGCAGAUUUGUUAGCUUCAUACAGAGCCAGUCUAGCUGUUUCCUACCGUUUCCAGUCUUUGUGCUAAGCUAAGUAAACAAGCUGCUGGCUUCAGCUUUGUAUUUAGCAUACAGGCAUAAGAAUGGUAUCAUUCUUGAACUAGUUCUUGGCAAGAGAGUGAAUAAGUGUAUUUCCCAAAAUGUCAAACUAUUCCUUUAAACUGCAAAAAGGCUUUCAUGUCUAAGUGAGUUUUGGAUAUUCAGAGCAUUAAUCUGACUUUCCAACCUGAGAUGCUGAGGCAGCGAGUCACAGCAGGGAGUCUCAAGCUGAAAGAACUAAAACAAAACUGACUGAUCAGUGACCUUAAGAUGUGUAGGAUGGUUGAAAAUAACACCUCAUGUGAUUAUUGAUAUUUGGCUUCCACAGUAUACCAGAAUCCCUUACUUUCAGCUGGAGGAAAAUUAUGGUUCUCUGUUUCUACUAAACACAUUCAAUAAUUCACACAUGAAUGCUAAUAAUCCUUUAAUUCAUUCCAUCUCAUUUGCCUCCCGGCUGCAUUCAGUUACCAGCUGACCAUGAGUUACUGAUCUUCAUUAUCAGUUUUUCAAACCCAUCAAAUGGUAUCGUGGCUGUUUUGACAGCCACUGUGCUAUAAAUGCACGUAUGUUAUGAUGAAGUGUUGGUUGCAGUAUAUGUAUAUGAUAUCACUUUGUUUUCUGUUAACAUGUUCACACCGUUCGUGCUUUCCUUCUCGACACCUGUUAGGCAGUAUUUGUGAUGUUGAGCUUCAAUGUGUUUUGACUUCCAUCGCUUUGAACAUAUCACACUUUAUUUUCUAGGGACUAUGUAAAUCAGCUGAAGGAGUCAAAAGGUAGGGAAUAUAAGAAGUAUAUGUUUUUCUUUUUCCCUUUGUCAGUUUGUGGUGAUCAGAGGGAGAGGAGGUGGGAGGAUCUGCUGUUUGAACAGCAGAUCUGCCUCCCUGAAUAGUUUUCUAUACAAUACCACCACUUUUUUGAUCCCAUCCAAUUAUGCAUGACAUUGUAUAUUUAGGACAUGUUUUUGUUGUUCCACUGUUGAAAAGAUGCUGAGGUGAUUCUUUUUUUUUUAAUUAUGUGCCUGGCUGGGCUGUGUUGGUAGCUCUGCAUGCAUAAUUUAUCCUGACAUAUAGAGAUACAAUGAUAAAGGAGAGCACAAUGUGGAAGAUGACAAGGAGAGAAAUAAAGUAUUUUUCUAUC